ACUGUGCUAUUUACGGACAGUCUCCGACUUAUGAAUAACAACAAAUCUGAGAAAAGUAAGAUGACUUGACUUGUCCUACAAGGUGCACCAAGAUGUUCAACAAAAUCCAUCAUAAAAUGUGGAAUUUAUCUUUCCCUAAGGUGAAACUGUUGAUGAUGAUCGUUACUGUGGGAGUGUUGACCAUAUACUGCUUAAUGUGGGGAAUGACGUCUUCACUAACGCCAUCUUUUUUUUCAGAAUUUGAUCAGGGAGCGAGACAAUCCCGGAUGUUUUCAGCGCCUGUUCAGAGUGAUUUGCUACGCCAGAGAAAAGACCAUUUAGAUACUGAGUGUGACGCAAUGAUUGCUAGUGGUAUUAUGAAUAUGACGUUGAAUAUUUCUAAACUUUCCAACGUAGUGGUCGACGACAAAUAUGGAAUUAUAUAUUGUUACGUUCCAAAAGUUGGGUGUUCCAACUGGAAAAGGAUCUUCUUGCAUAUGACUGGCAUGUUUGAUAAGACCAGGACAAGACCAGAAGACUUAAAACACAACGAGGUUCACUUCAAAUAUAGAAAACGACUUCGUGUUCUCUCGACUUAUUCUGUUUCCGGUAUACGUCAUCGAUUACGAAACUACCGGAAGUUCAUGUUUGUUCGUGAACCAAUGGAAAGAUUGCUCUCUGCAUAUCGUGACAAAUUUGCUGGAGUUGGGUUAGAGGAUAAGACGUUUCAAAAGAUAGCUGAUGAUAUUUGGAAUAUCUUCCAUGAGGAUUCUCCUUUAAACGGACAUGUUCAAAAAGGUGGCAUCACAUUUUUAGAUUUUGUGAAAUAUUUGGUAGAAAUGAAUACACUUCAAAAAGCCAAUUUCAGAUUUGAUGAACAUUGGGAGCGACAAAGUAAACUGUGUUAUCCGUGUCAAAUAAACUAUGAUUAUAUCGGCAAAUACUCAACACUUGGGGAGGAUGCUGAAUACAUUUUACAACACAUUGGACUUUCUCAAUAUUCAUUUCCAAAAAGAUCUGUUUUUUAUAAUGAUUCGAAAACAAAUGACAUGCUUGAAAGUUAUUUUUCAACAAUACCAAGUUAUUACAGAAAGCAAUUACAUAAAGUUUACGAAACUGAUUACCGGCUAUUUAAUUAUACAUUUCCGUUUGAUCUGUGAUACUGCAUUUUUUACAGCUUUAAAUAUUAUUCGCCAUUUAAAAACAUUAGUUGUGUUAAUUUGCGAUGUCCCAAUCAUGGAUAAGGGAAUAAAAUAAGAAGUUGAAGUCUUGCAAUACUGGGGGCGGCGAUAGGGAAGUCGGUUAGAGCAUUAGAUUGGGUGGCAGGAGCAUCCCAGGUUCACGUUUCGACACUCCCUACUCAUGGCGAUUUGUGUUUCUCGUGGCCGGUCCGUGCGGUUGUCCUUGGACAAGGUAGCAGGAAACAGUUUAUCUGCAUUUUUUCCUGAA